GUUCUCCACUAGCACAUGCGCAGUGGCGCCGAGGCGAGGUCUCAGCGAAGCCCAGGAGCUGGGGGUUCCGGCCGGGCCUCUGGGGACCGGGCUGGAAGAAGCGUGUCCUGGAGGCUCUGGGCUCCUCUCAUGGAGGGAAGCGGUGAAGCUGAGCCCCUUGUGCAGCUCUGAGUCGAAUCUGCCACGGAGGCGCCCGACACGCCGCCGCCAUUGUUGCCCGGGCUGCGCCGACGGGGCCCGAGGGACAGGGUCCCGCUCAUCCUUGCAGGUUCCGGACUCAGAAUUUGUUACGAGGUACUAACUUUGUCGUGAUUCCAUUCUCGACCUGGCCACAGCAGCCCUUGGGGAAAAAAUUGUCGUGACUGUCACAUGAGACUUCAAGAAGUUGGCUCAGUACUGUCAGAUUGGUUCUCCUGUCUGCAGCAAUGUUAGCCUCAAGAAAGAAGGUGGCAAAUUCUUCACGCUCACAAGUCCUUCUAAUGUGGAAGCCAGACAAGAUUCAAAACGGACCCUGCAAUGCUGAGAAGCAAAUCCUCACCUCGAGACUCUUGCGUGACGCUGAAACCUGUCGACAGAAUUUUAGAAAUUUUCCAUACCCAGAUGUGGCAGGUCCUCGGAAAGCAUUGAGCCAGCUCCGAGAGCUCUGCCUGAAGUGGCUGAGACCUGAAGUUCAUUCCAAGGAACAAAUUCUGGAGUUGCUGGUGCUGGAGCAGUUUCUAAGCAUCUUGCCUGGGGAGGUUAGGACUUGGGUAAAUUCUCAGUACCCAGAGAACAGCGAGGAAGUGGUGGCUUUGGUGGAGGAUCUGGCACAGAUUCUAGAAGAGGAAGCUCCUCAGAAUUCUGCCCUUCCCCAAGAAAUCCCAGAGGAAGACCCCAAACAUGCUCUCGAGACAGGGUGGCUCAAUGACUUGGUGACCAAAGAAUCAGUGACAUUCAAUGACGUGGCUGUGGACAUCACCCAAGAGGACUGGGAACUGAUGCGCCCUGUUGAGAAGGAACUGUAUAAGACUGUGACGUUACAGAACUAUUGGAACAUGGUUUCUCUGGGACUGACCGUGUACAGGCCAACUGUGAUUCCCAUCUUAGAAGAGCCAUGGAUGGUGAUAAAAGAAAUUGUAGAAGGCCCUAGUCCAGAAUGGGAAACUAAAGCUCAAGCAUGUAGUCCAUUAAAGGAUUUUCCUAAACUCAAACAAGAUGGAACCCAAACCAUAAAACUGGAAGAAUCCUGUGACUGUGAAGACGGCUUAGAGAGGCAGCCAGCGUAUGCCUUCAGGAAGAUUCACAUAGAUGAAGAUGACUUCAGUUUGAAGUCAGAGCUUUCACAAGAAGACCCUACAGAAGAAUGUCUUAGUAAAUAUGACCUAUAUAGAGAUAAUUUUGAAAAGCACACCAACCUAAUUAUACAGUUUGAUACGCAGUCAGAUAGUAAAACUUUACUGUAUAAUGAGAGCAAGCCAACAUUCACUAAUGUCUCAUCUGGUGGUGUUGUCCAUGGGAAAAUACUUCCCGGGGAUAAGCCUUAUUCCUGUAAUGUCUGUGGAAAGAAAUUUAGAAAAUACCCAUCACUCCUGGCACACCGAAAUAACCAUGCCAAAGACAAAUCUUAUGAAUGUGAAGAAUGUGGUAAAGAAUUUAAGCAUCUCUCAUCCCUCAUUGCACAUCAGAGAAUGCACACCGGAGAAAAACCAUACGAAUGCCACCAGUGUGGGAAAGCCUUCAGUCAGCGUGCACACCUGACGAUCCACCAGAGAAUUCAUACUGGAGAAAAGCCCUACAAGUGUAACGACUGUGGGAAAGACUUCAGUCAGCGUGCACACCUCACUAUCCAUCAGAGGACACACACUGGGGAGAAACCAUAUAAAUGUUUGGAGUGCAGUAAAACCUUUAGCCAUAGUUCAUCCCUGAUUAAUCAUCAGAGAGUUCAUACUGGAGAAAAACCGUAUAUAUGCAAUGAGUGUGGGAAGACUUUCAGUCAGAGUACGCACCUCCUCCAACAUCAAAAAAUUCACACUGGGAAAAAGCCGUAUAAGUGCAAUGAGUGUUGGAAAGUGUUCAGCCAGAGCACUUACCUUAUUCGCCAUCAGCGAAUCCAUUCUGGAGAGAAGUGUUACAAAUGCACUGAAUGUGGGAAGGCCUUCGCCCACUCCUCAACCCUCAUCCAACAUCAGACCACUCACACUGGAGAGAAAUCCUAUAUCUGCAACGUGUGUGGGAAAGCCUUCAGCCAAAGCGCUAACCUUACCCAGCAUCAUAGAACACACACUGGAGAGAAGCCGUACAAAUGUAGCGUGUGUGGGAAAGCCUUCAGCCAGAGUGUGCACCUCACUCAGCACCAGAGGAUUCACAAUGGAGAAAAGCCCUUCAAAUGUAAUACCUGCGGGAAAGCAUACAGACAAGGUGCCAAUCUGACCCAGCAUCAACGAGUCCACACUGGAGAGAAGCCCUACAAGUGUCACCACUGUGGGAAAGCCUUUAUCUACUCCUCAUCACUUAAUCAACAUCGAAGAACUCAUACUGGAGAGAGACCCUAUAAGUGCACUCACUGUAACAAAGAUUUUAGCCAGAGAACAUGCCUUAUUCAACACCAGAGGAUUCACACAGGAGAAAGGCCCUAUGGAUGCCGUAUAUGUGGGAAAAGCUUCACCCAGAGUACAAAUCUUAUUCAGCACCAACGGGUUCAUAUGGGCGCCAGACAUCGCAAUGGACAGAUAUGACUUAGUUUAUGUUUAAAACUUGAUUGCUUAAAUUUCAUUGUGUGCUGAGUCAAAAUACCCAAAAGAAAUCUGAAGAAGUGCAAUAUGCUUGAUACUACAGGAUCAGAAAGUACCAGAAUUAGUAAAAUUGCUCUCGUCCACUUAGGUUUAGUGUGAGAUUUAAAGCUCCAGAACUUGAAUUCAUUCCACAAAGAAAUACUAGGAAAGGACAAUUUGUAACCUGUGAUUCUUCAACUCUUAGUAUUUUUCAAGUAUGUUUUAUUGAGGCCUUAGGAGUAUGACUUGGUCUUUCAAGUGAUCUCACACUAGAGAGUAAUCCUGACAUAGGAAAGAGGGUAGAUGCUUCAAGGCCUUUGCUUCAUCCUGGCUUUGAAGCCUCAAAAUGAGUAAACUGUCCCAAUUUUUGUUCCCUCUUUUCCCAUUGCAACUUCCAUGAGAAGCAGUAAAGCUUGAGGAAAAGAAAGACCUGAAAAGCUCUUAAAAGAUUUCCGUGUGACCACUGCAGUCUGAUAAGAUAGAGGAUCAGUAUAUCCAAAACACUAGACGUGUACAAACUCACGCAGACACAGGUUAAACACCCCAGCCUCAAGUCAUCUUUAGUACAACUUCAUUUUCACAUCCAGUGUCACCUCGAAGGAAGAAGGACAGGCAUGGUGUUCCCUUUUGUCCCACCUGACUUAAGUUGACAAGUUUCCCAUGGUUCUUACUGUACCAAGCUAUUUCUUCCAUUGAAACACACUUCUUGAGAGCCCACUGUGCUCAGAACACAGACUUCUUUUUUAUUAUCGUUUAUAGUUUUUUAAUGUAGGAGUCUGCAUAUCAGAUCCCUUUAUAGAUAUGGUCACGAGCCACUAUGUUGGUGCUGGGAAUUGAACUCAGGACCUCUAGAAAAGCAGCCAGUACUCUUAACCACUGAGCCACCUCAUCAGCCUGACACAGCCUCCUUGACUGAACCAUUUCAUUUAACAAAGAUCUUUAAAGAGAAGGUAAGGACACGCUUUAACUAUUUUGCCAUGGAACAGUGUAACCCACCUAAAUGGGUUGGCAAAUGCUACGGUAAGGCCAGGUGUAGAGGGCAGUGAGCAUGGGCUGCACAAACAAUUUGAGAAUGAAUGAGGGAUGCAAAGGAGACCUGAGCCAGUGCAGAGGUGGCGAGGGAAAGCCAGGGCCGGGAGGAGGGAGGAGGGGAGCACACAGAUAGCUCAUGUGACAUGAAAUAUAAUUGUACCCACUUUAUCCAAGAAACAACUGUGGUGAAAAACAGAAAAUUAGACUGUUUAUAAGAAGCUAAAAAGAAAAGUAUUUUCAGGAAUAAUUAGAAACCUGGUACUCCAUACAUGGAAGUAAAAUUUAAAAAUUACACUUAACAUGUUAGGAAAGUGUUUCAUUGGAAAAAGCCUUGGUGAAAAAAUGAUCAUUAAUCAGGAAUGAAACAGUAACUAAGUUCGUGGGUCAUAAACAGCAUAAAAGGAAGACAGACAGGAACCAAUUUUUUUAAUUGCUGGGGUUUUUUCGCAAACAGUAAUUACAAAGUGUAAUUACAGUUUAAUUACUUUACUAUUGUAUUUACUACCCAUAGUGCUGUGCUCUCAGAAUAUUUAGCUGAGCUUCAUCUUGCCUGUUCUUGUUCCUCCAGUGCCUUGCAUAAGAUCAAUAUAUGUUGGUUGAAUUGACAGCGAAUUCUAUACAUUAGAGUCUCGUAGUUAAGGUAGCAACACAGGCAUGGAGAGAACAUGGGUGGGACUGAAGGUAACCUGUGUGUCCAUGUAUCACGUCUAACAAGCACUGUUUACUGUGAAACGACAGCUCAAGAAGGAGACUGAGAGGCGGUGGACGCUGUUGCCCGAGGAAAGCUCCCUGAGCUACAGGAGAGGAAACGAGUUCUGGUACCAUAGAUACCCAAACACCACAACGGGCUGAAGAAAAGGCCUCAUCUAUCCUUGUGGGAGUGUUUUCUUAAGGAAAUUGUCACUUUCUCCUUCCUGAUAUUAGUUAUCUUGACUUCGUAGUGUUCACAAAUACUGGUUACAAACAUACUCAGAUUAGGCUCACUCCACAGUUUUGUUAAGAAUAACAAACGUGUUUGCUAGAUGACUUGAUAUUGCUUCAUGCCUUGAUAACUAACACUUCUUUCCGCUGGGAUGAAUGUGGUUUGGUACAGGCCAGAGGGUGGUACUUUGUUUCCUACCUGUGUGCAUUUUAUGUAAAUAAUGCAUUUAUAAAGUCUUCCACUGUACACAGAGUCAAGUACGGCUCCUAAAAAAAAAUAGAAUAACAAUGCAGAAUCCUGUCUCCAUGCCUUUCCCCAUUUCAAAGUCGUCUGGUCUACGAGCGAGUCACGGGUCUUUAGCAAAUAUUUCCUACAGCUUUUUCUAGGAGCAUUGCUAACUAUGUGAGUGUUUAAAGUCAUCAGAUCAACGGUAUGCGCCACCUGUAUUCUAAAGUUAAUGUUUGCAAUAUUGAAAAGUAACCUGAGACACCUCACUCUAAAACAUCUCAUAAAAAUGCCAUUCCCCUACCAUAGUGCCUCAAAGAAAAUGGGCAGUCCUUCCUAACAUCUAAUUACUAGUCCAUUUCCUGAUCUCCCUGUUGAGCCAAUCAGUGUCUGCGUGUCCUCUGUUUGGUGGGCUUCCUGUGCCUAGAACAGACCCUCCCAUUUUUCUGUUGUUUUCAGGGUGUGCUGGUCGUCACAUUCAGGAGUGAGCUGAGAGUUCAUACAUGGCUUGCAUGUGCUGAAGUAAAUGUCCUGAAGCUUCUAGGAAAUCGAAGUUGAGGCCAAAGGCUCAAGUUAAACAUCCUUAACCAUGGCAUUUCACGGUUGCAUUUCCUCCUGCAUCCCAGAACUCAGUCAGGCCAACAGGCUGCUGCUGACGUGACAUUUGACUGUUGAAGUGGUGACCACCAGAUUGUCCCAGUGCAAUUCCUCCUGUUGUGGUUGUCUGUCUGUGGACUGACACUUGGGCAGUGUGGCUGACUUCUUUACCCACUGUUUUGUGUCUAGUCACAUUGUUACCUGACAGCCUCUUCAUUAAAGCCUACAAAACAAGUGA